AAACUGCGUUGAACAAAUUGUAAAUGAAUUGUGGGUGCACUGAGCCUAUAUAUUUUGCCAACGUAAGAAUAUCAAAAUAGCGACAAUUCAGAUAUAGGCUAUAGGCUGGAAAUAUAUUUUGUUUAGAUGUAACAGAUUCGUCCAAAAUAAUUGUGAUCUAUAUAUGUAUGCCAACAUGUAGAUGCAAAUAGAGUUCAGAACUGCUUGCAGGAUGUUUAAGCUCAAUAAAAUCACGUAAGACUCCAACUCAAUGGUUAUUUCAUACAUUAUAUAUCAUAUACAUAUCAUAGCCUACAAGCAACUUAGGCCAAGGUGUUUCAUUUCUGAUUUCUGUUUUUCCCCAUGUAAUUUAAUCAUUAUUUCUUCUUUCAAAGUUUUGUGCAUGAUUAUCAUUCUGAAUGAAAAUGAGCUAAAUAGCACCAUCCCUACAACUAGCAACAUUUUUACUUGGGUCCAUAUUAACAGGUUUCACUGUACAUUUGCAUGUUCCCCUUUAAUUUAGAUCUAAUAUUUAUGAUGGCAGUGGCCCAUGGCCUUCAUAAAAAUGUUGAGAAUGAUCGCCAGUUAUGCGAUAUCCUCAUUCACAUUGUCCUUUCUUUAUCGCAUGACAGCUAAUUAAAUCUGUGACGAUUUGCCAGAUUAUGCGGACAACCCCAAAGAUGGAUUAAGACCAGUGUUGUAAUGGUGUUUGGGAUGUUUUUAUAAAUUUUAGUUUACACAUGAAUUUACGUUUAAUUUUCCACGUAGCUUUGUUUGUACUUCCGGUCACGUGAUCAUAUUUAGAAUAAGAGGGAUUUUUCUAGCGUUCAAAGUUAGUAUCAUUCAUAUUCAUAUCAAUAACAAGUUAGUAAUCCAGAGAUUGGCAUUUCAAUAAGCUUAGAAAAUGAUGUUUUAUAUUUUAAUUUUAAGCUAUUUAAGAUCUAAUGCAACCGUUUUUUUAGAUAAUCUGGGUAUGAAUACUAUUAUAAGAUGUGUAAUUUUUUUUUGGUAUAAAUGUUAAAUGUUAAUAGAAGUACAACAAAAAGGUCCAGACGUCUGAGACGAUAGAGUAGUCACUAUCAGUGCUAACAGUGGCAGUAGUAUCAGUAUCACACAGUUCUUAGGUCACAGCCAACUAUACUUAGUUAAUAGUUAUGAAACUUUUACUUUGUGUACUCAAGUGCACUGUAGCCUGUUAAUAAUAGUGUGAGCAAACCAAGCCAAAAUGAUUAGACAUGACAUGUUACAUAUGACUAAGACUAAGUUUACUAGUAAGUAACUUCAGACUUCAGUGACUAAGACUAAAGUCUAAAGAUAAGUGCAGUGUAAUUUAGGUGAUUAUUUGGUAGAUUUAAUUAAAAUUAAGGCUAGUGUAGAGAAUUGGUGCCAUUUCAAAAUUUGGGAUACAUUUAUAAUUUAUGGUUUAGCUUAGGGAUAGGCCUACAUUUGAUUUAGGGUUCAGGAAAAGUUCACGAUUCACAGUGAAUUACGGGUAGUGGCAACCAAGAAGUCAGCCGUGUGAUACAUCAUGGCACCAAUUGUUUGCAUUUACCAGUGAUCAGUUUUAGUAGAAUGAAUGUGCCAAUACAACUGACGAUCAGUGUCUCCAUCAGACUCAUUAUCACUUCACUAUUAAGUAUUAUUCAGAUUAUUAGCCCACUAAGUCUAAGUCGUAGAGUUAGGACCAAAGCUUAGUUAAAUAACAACUUGUCAUUGUUGAAUACUUACUAAUGAAUGGCAUUUUUUUUUGUUAUGAGUUAUGGAUUUCUCCUGUAUUCCUGUGGCUUUUAACUAAUUUAAACAAUGACUUUAAUUUUAAUUGUUUUACUCAGCACCCAGUUACUCAGACUCAGCCUAUAGCAACAUACUUAAUUUGGAUUAGACCAUAAAGCAAGACUAUGCCUUCUCAGGUAAUAUAUAUAUUUCCUAAUUAUAUAUAAUAAAGCUCUAAUGAUGACCUUUCAAGCUUUUCAACUUUAAAAAAGACCCAAAAAAACCCCCCUAUCCUUUCUAGUAAACUACACUCCUUUGAGGGUUAGCAUUAGUUAGGCGUUUGAUUUUAAGAGACACAAUGAUAGAUGAGGAAACAUUUUGUAUUACCCUUUGAACUAUUUCACCAUUAGGUUGUUGGAGGCAACAACAUAAGAUGCAGACGAAAGCGAAGAAGUUCUCAAGUACCAGUAAAUGAUCAAUUAAAUAAAAAACAAAAACGUAAAAGUAAGAUGAAUAAUUGUAUAUUAUAUUAUCUUCCUUACAUACUAAGAGCACUACCUUUUUCUUAACAUCUCUUUGGAUCAUUUUGGGAUGAGAAAUGUUUCUUGGAUUCUUAUUGAAUAAAUAUUUUAUAAAAUUAUACUAGAUUUUUAAAAUAAAAGAUUAACAUCAAUUAAGUAAACUACAUUUUCCUAUUUUAAUCAUUAACUUCUAAAAUCUCAACCUCUCUGGUUAAAGUUUCUAUGUUUAAAUACAUGGAUACUCGUAAUUACUUUAUAAAUAAUAAUGAUACAUUUUCAUGUUUCUAGAAGUUUGCCUAUUGUGUCUCAGUGAUGAGGACAAUGAAAUUGAAUUUGGCAAAAUCUAUGAGAAAGAGGAUCUUACUGUGCACUAUUUCUGUCUAGUAAGUGUUGGAUAUUCACUUAAUAAAUAUAUGCAGACUUACAAAUAGCCUGACUUAAUUUCAAUACUGCGUGUACCAAAAUAAUAAUUUAAUUUCCACUAUAUUAUAUAGUCAAAAUAUUAGGUACAUAAUAAACAAUGCGAAUUUGGGAAGAGUAAAGUUCUUUUUUUUAAGUGACCUGUCCGAACAAACUGGAUUUGGAGGAAAAUUUGUCACCUGUUGCGAAAAUCUGUUUAGAGGAGCCUUGUAAUGAUAAAAUGGAUCUUUCCAUAAAGUUGUAAUUACAUUGAAAGACAUUGUGCAUUUUUAAAGGGUGUUUAAAUUUCUUUACAGCUUCUUGGGAGUGGACUUUGCCAAAAAACUAAAGAUACUGAUAAGAAAAGUAUUUUGGGUUUUGUGACAAAUGACAUCAGGAAAGAAAUUAAAAGAGGGAGCAAACUGGUAAAUAUUUAAUUUUUUAAAUGAAAUUCAUUUUUUCAUGCCAAGUAUUAACCAUCGGGUAAAGUAAAAUAAUUUAUUUUAAAAAAUUAUAUUUUCUUCUUAGAUCUCAAGAAUAUGAUAGAAGCUAUGAACAGAUAAUUUCUUUAUAGAAUAUGAUUGCUUGUGUUUUUAUUAAUAUUUUUUUAAAAAUGUUUGGACAAAGCAUUUGUACUUUGAACCUUUGGGUAGGAUUUUAAAUGUAAUUUGUGUGGGUGAUUUCCAACCGUUAAUUUCGUUAGGAGUUAAUCUAAAAGCUAAACUCUUAGUUCAGUCAACACUUAUCAAAGGAUGUUUAUGUUAUUUGUAUUGCAGAAAUGUUGUUUUUGCCGUAAAAAUGGAGCAAGCAUAGGAUGCUGCAUAAAGGCUUGUAAAAAAACUUUUCACCUGUGCUGUGGUCGUAAGAAUGAAACAAUGCAUCAGUUUUAUGACAGUUUUAGGUACAUUUAUUUUUUGGAGUAAUAUCUAUCUUAUUAAUAGUAAUCAUUAAGUCCAUCCAGGGCAUUUUGUGGGGGAGUAUGGUACAGAACGUAGAAAUUAAAUAAAAAAAAAAACAGGGCUAUCUUUGGUGGGAAGCCUAGAUUCUAUUUUAGAAAAUGUUUAAAUAAAGAAUGGAAGUGCUAGUUUCACAAAACAGAUCAGAAUGCCGGGGGUUAGAGAUUCGACAUCUGAGAUUCCUAACUGGCAUUUUGUUGCUAUAGUAAGCCCAAAUCAAUUUUUUCAAUCUUGACCAUCUUUGCGUGGCAAGAAAACUUCCUUCUUUAUGAAAGAAAUGUAGAGGGGGAAUCUGAUGUUCAUGGCUAUUUUUUUUGUUUGAACUGGUUUUUAUGUAAAUGUACAGGAUAAGUUGAUGUAGGGGAGGUACCACUUGAACAAUUUUUUAAAAAAUGAUGGAAACCACUGCAUUCAAGGAGCUUUUUCUCUAAGCUAGUAGUUAAUAGACCUGUUUAUUGCUCAUUGUGUUGAAUGUUGUUCAGACUUGUAAUUUAAAUGUUGUAACUUCAAGAAUUAUUAAGGCUACAGGUGUUAUUGUUUAAGGAACUUUUUUAUGCCCAUUUUUUAGAAAGUGAUUCAUAGAAGUAGCUUGAGAUUAAAUUUGUGUUUAAUUUUUAAUUAGCUUAACAAACUCACAGUUGCAAACCAUUAAAAAAUAAAGCUCAUAAUUUUUAUCAUUAAAAAAAGCUCAUGCUUCUCAAACUUGACAUAGUAAGGCUUCACUUUGAAGCUAAAUGAAUUUGGAUAGACCUCUCAAGAUGUAUCAGAUUUUACAGUACCAUACCAAUUUUUGGAACUGCUGAAAUUAUAAUGGCAUUUGUUUAUAUUUUAUGAAUAUCAUAUUUUGUGUGUAUGCUUGAAUUUUUUUAUCACUCCCCGACCUAUCUACACACAAAAAUCUUUUAGAUCAUUUCCUUCCCUCAGUACAUUCUUAGUUUGUGGAUAACACAUUAUACCAAAACAUUUUGAAUUGGCCCCCAAAUUAUUGAUCUGGUCAGACUAAUAGUGUUGAAAUGAAUUUCAGUAUUAUCACAAAUAAAUGUUUGGGUGUAUUAGUUCCAUAACACAAAUGUGUUAAAUGCAUUUUGAAACUCUUUAAAAGAUUACUAUGUCUUUUAAAUCUAGAUUUCUCCUCCAUGGAGUGCAUCCAGAUUUUUGUACAGGCUUUGUCUUAUUUAUUAGGAAAGAAAAAAAUGAUCUUCUGCUUUUGUUUUAGGUCUUACUGUCCUGAUCACAUACCAGUCCAGUUGGUAAAGAACACUAGUAUUGGUAUGCAAAGUUCAAGCAGAUCAUGUGCUAUAUGUUUGACACAAGUAACAAAAUCUUCUCAUAGCUCACUUGUCUCCCCUUGCUGUAUGAGGUCAUGUUUUCACAGGAUUUGUUUGCAGGUAACAAAUUGAACCCCUGAAAAAAAUCCAUUUGUGAUCCAUGUGGUUAUAAUAUUAAAUAUUUUAAACAAUGGUAAAGUGCAUGCUUGAAAGAACAAAUGAUUUUUGUUGUUACUGACCAAAUUGUCUCAUUACUUGAUAGAAAUAUGCUAUUUCUGCUGGACUUCACUAUUUCAAAUGUCCAUUGUGCAAUGAUGUCAACCAAUUUCAAAGGGAAAUGUUGGAGUUUGGAAUUUAUAUUCCAGAUCAGUGAGUAAAUUUUAUUUUUAAAGCCUAUUUUCCAUGUGUGAAAAGGAACUUUUAAAAAUAAAAUGCAUUGUAUUAGUUUUUUUUAUUCCCAAUAAUGGAAAACUAAGUGUAAGAACAGCUGGCUUCUCGCCACUGAUGAACUUUAGAGGUUAACGUUAGUGAAGGUUGAGGUAAGGUUACUAGUUAAAGAAAUGUCAUGAAAUUUCUGGGCAGAGGUUAAAAUAUGUCAGAAACAUUAUGUUACUACUACUAUUAUUUCAGAGUCAGUCAAGAAGGACUGAUUACUGUUUAUUUAGCAGGUAAAUGUUUUGGACUUUGUUUUGUUAUAUUCAAGUUUAUUGGUGACAAUAUUUAUAUUUAUUUCAUUUUGAUAAAGAAGCAAAUCUUGUCUGUAUGUUCAAUUAUUAGAGAUGCAUCUUGGGAGAGGGAACCUAAUGCUUACAUGGAUCUUUUGGAAAGACAUGAUACAUGUGACGCCCCUAAAUGCAUCUGUCCCAAGGGUAACAAGUAUGAUGCAGACUCUGGGUAAGCCUUUUAAAUGCAUUAUUACAAAGUAAAACAAUUUGGUAGUGUCUAAUUCUAUUCUUUGUCAUCAUUGGUUUCAGCAGACAUAAAGUGUUAAAUAACUUUUCUUUUGUUUUAUAGAAGGUAUGAACUUUUACUGUGUAGUGUGUGUGGGUCAUUUGGUUCACACAGGGCGUGUGGAGGACUUUUAUACAAGGAAGGAUCCAUGGUGUGCCAUCAUUGUGCUGGCAUCACAGAUAAAGGUAUUUUCAUUAGGCCCUGAUUUCUCUUGCAGAAGCAGAGGGUCAAUAUAUGGGUUUUUGUAGCAUAUCUAACCAGAUGCCUCUACCCUUUGCUUUCUUUUUGUUACUAUCUUUAUUUCCAAGGGGUACUUAAUUAAGUUGAAAACUUGCAGCUAUAUUCUCCAUAGUUAAAAAUACAGAAUAAAUCCCCCACAGAAAAAUAUAAGGGGAUGGGGUCCCAAAGGUGGGUUAACAUUGUAGCCCUGGGACACAACUGAUGUCAAGCUGUAUAGGCCACUCAUUGCUCCCUUGGGUCAACCUGCUUUGUGGAGAGGAGGAAAAAGUUGCUGCACCAAAAACCACCUUGCCCAGGCUUCAUAGUUUUGCUAGAGAGACAUUUCGGGCAAGAUUACUCUAUUGUUAAUUGAUAUUUAUAGCAGAAUACUCACAUGGAAAGACAAUGCGAUCUUAUAUUUCUUAACCAGCAUAUUAUUUUCUAUGGGAUCAGCUUAUACACCUUUCCCUGUCAAAACUAGGGGGAAGUGCGGGUCGGCUUUUGAAGGAACAGGCUUUUGAUCGAGAAUAUACUGUAGUCUGUUUUUAAACUAUGUUUAAUUCUUUUAUUCAUGUUUUGUUAAAAUUUUUUUCACAUUUUAUAAAUAAAAAUAAGUUAGUAUUUUCUUACCAUUUGUACAAUUCAGAGUUAAAAAAGUAUACCAUCUGAAGUAAAAUAAUUUUUCAGUGAUAAAUGUGGAACAGAACAAAGAUGAUACUUCAAAAAGCAAAGAUGAUUUUCACUGUCAUCAUUCAACUUCAUCACCUGCUCAAAACAGAAGACAUGCAAGACCCAGAAGGCAGCUUUUUAAUGACUCUGUCAUGGAAACUGCAGGGAGUAGUUAUUCACAGGUGCGAUUGAGAUCUCGACAGCCCUUGCGUCUUCCGUGAAGUGAGAAGAUUUCUUUAACUAUGUCAUCUCCUGAUUGCAGUAUACACCCUGAUAAAUAAAUUUUCCUGAUUGCCAUUUGAGACAGCAUGUUGUUCAAAUACAUUAUCAGCUUGAUUUUAAAACGUAGCAGCUUAUUUAUUUCCCCAUUGCUUUUUAUGCUGCUUGUAGUUGUAGUUAUUUUUCAUUGACUGUUUGCACUUCUUCAUUAUUUGAUACACCAUUUUGAGCAUCGCUACUUUUUUCCUUUUAAGUUCAAUUGUUGUUGUUUUCCAUGCGUUCUUGUUUCCAUAAUGAAAAUUCGGCUAAUUAAAAAUUAAUAGUAGCUUUUGAUUCCUAAUUUGUAUUCAUUUGAUAGAUUAAAGAGAUAAAUGUUAUAAACUUUUCUAGUAGACCUACACUAAACUUUUAUAUGAAUUUGCUUCAUUAAUUUACAUUAGAUGUUAAAUUGUUGGAAUGGGAUUAGUGAAGAACAGUUUUGCAGAUAAUUUUAGAAAAAAAAUAUUUUUAGUAAACGGUAAAGUUACUAGUACAGUACUUGAAAUAGUUUUGUGUACUUACUUAGUAUGUAGCUGCAUCACAGAUUAUAUUUUUGUAAAAUUUAACUUUCAAUAUUUCUUUCUCAACAGUCCAGAUAUUGCCAAGGGUACAAAGAUGAAAGAGAAGAUCCCAGUAUUUAUAAUGGAGAAUCUAUGACUUUAUUGGAAACAAAAUUAAAAUGUUUUGUUCGAUUGGAAAAAAUUGAUACAGAGAUCUGCAUGCCUCAAGGUGAAGUGGAUUUGAACGAAAUUUCCAUAAAUAUUUAUAAAAAAAUGAAUCAACCAGAUAAGCAUGUUUCUGACAAGGUGGCUCCCCUUAUUUUCAUGGGAGAAGACUUUGGAGUUUUGGAUACAGAUCUUGAAGGCUCUCCAGUGCCCUCACCCCAGUUGUCUGAACAAACUUCUUGUCUUCAAAAAUGUUCCAGAUGUGGAGGGCUUGAAAGAUUAUAUGGUCAAACAGAUGAAGAG